AUGAGCUGUGACGCGUGCAGCGUGCUGUGUGCGGACGGCCCGGCGCGGCACUGCGCGACGCUCAGACUGAGCCCGGCCAGCCGCGCGCCCGCCGCCGCCGCGUCCCCCCUCCACGCGGCCGCCGGGCCGGGCUACCUGUUUACCGUGCGCGCGCGCAGCCCGCGUCUCCGCGAGCCACACGCGACCGGCGCGAGGCCGCCACGCGACCCGCCGCUCGCCGCCGCCGCCGCCGCCGCCUCCGCCGGGCCGCACGCACCGCCCCGGAAGGCUUGCUCCGACUCUCAGGGUCAACGCCGUCCGGCACACGCGUCGCCGCAUUGGUGA